AUGAUCUAUACAAUUGAAAAUGUUUACAUCCAACCUGUAAAUCAUAACAUAUUAUUCAACACACUAACGCCACAACCAUCUGUGAUUUAUUUAUCGACACCUGUUACAUCCUAUACGUAUUCACCACCGAUCCAAACGCAGUACAUCUAUCCGAUUCAUGCAGUAAGUCAACCAACGCCUGAAGUGAAGAAAGUUUCUCAAGAGAGUGUGCAAAAAGAACGAGCUAAAACUCCGGUUAAACGGCCUCCAACACCGUUGCCAGCUGACGAACAAUUAAAUUUAAAUCUUUCACGUUAUGGUUAUCGGCGACAAUUAGUCAAUGGGGAUGGAAAUUGUUUUUUUACUGCUAUUGCUAGUCAAUUAAUAACAUUCUACAAUCAAGAUCGGUACUUUCGUACGGCUAUUAAACAACGUUUAAAUCUUCCGGAGAAUUUGUUCACAAAUACGACACAAUUAGCUCGAACAUUACGAAAAUUAGCUUGUUUAGAAUGGAAAAUAAAUGACACCAAAUAUAAACCAUAUGUAAAUGAUGUGAAUUAUUACGAUGAAAUACGAAAGUUUCGUUCGGAUAAGUUUUAUUCAUCGAUUUUAGGUGAUAUUUUGCCAUUGACAAUGAGUAAUUUGCUUGGAAUUCCCAUUAAAAUCAUUACUAAUCUUAGUCAAUGUCCAUUGAUUGAUGNUUUGCUUGGAAUUCCCAUUAAAAUCAUUACUAAUCUUAGUCAAUGUCCAUUGAUUGAUGUUUGUCCACAAGAUGAACCGUUAUUACCCAUGAAAUCGAUACCGAUAUUGACAUUAGCGUAUAAUCAAGAAAAUGAUGGACACUACGAUAUUGCGAUAGGCAAAAGAGACAAAGAAUUUUGA